UGAAAAUCUAAGAAUAGAAAGUUGUAACGUGUAGCUCUGUAAGGUGAAGAAGCUUACGAACAUGGAUUUACAUGCACUCCGUUUAUCGCAUCCCUUCUUCAUUCUCAACAACACCAACACCAACGCUCUCUCUCUCCGCAACACAAUUUUAGGGUUUAAUCGUCGCAGUCGCCGGUGGUUGAAGCUGGAAGCCACCAACACAAACGGCGCCGCUUUGGACGAAGCUGCUUUCGAGGCGGAGAGGUUGGCCCUCGACGCUGAAGCUCGCUCCGCCAUGGCUCAACAAGGCCAAGCUUCCAUCUCUGACAGCAACGAUCCCAAGGCUUGGAAAUGGAUCAUCCGAAAGAGGAUUUGGGAUUCCAUGGAAGCUCACAACUUUGCUCAGAAUCCAAGACCUGUUCAUCACCGCAUUCCCAAUUUCGUUGGCGCUUCCUCUGCUGCUGAUAAGAUGAGGUUGCUAGAUGUGUUUCAAGCUGCGCAGUGUGUCAAGGUUAAUCCAGAUUCUCCUCAGAAACAAGUCAGGUUUCUCACUCUCUCAGAUGGAAAGAAGUUGUUAACUCCUCAGCCACGCUUAAGGACAGGAUUUUUCUCUAUACUUGAAUCCAAUAUGUUACCUCCAGGUACCAUCAAGGAAGCCUGCACUUCUGUUGGGGUUGCCAAGCACGGACGGCCAAUUGGGUUAGAUGAAAAGAUAAAAGUAGAUGUUAUUGUUAUUGGAUCCGUUGCUGUUGAUCCAAAGACAGGUGCUCGACUGGGGAAAGGAGAGGGAUUUGCAGAACUUGAAUAUGGUAUGCUGCGGUAUAUGGGAGCUAUUGAUGAUUCAACCCCAGUUGUCACCUCUGUGCAUGAUUGCCAAUUAGUGGAUGAUAUUCCAGUUGAAAAGCUGUUAAUCCAUGAUGUGCCGGUGGAUAUCAUUUGCACACCAACCCAAGUCAUCUUCACGAACACAUCUAUUCCAAAGCCUCAAGGAAUUUAUUGGGAUAAAUUGUCUCCUGAGAAGUUGGGACAAAUCCGUAUACUAAGAGAGCUCAAGAAGAGGAUUGAAAGAGAGACUGGACAAAAGCUUCCUACUGGCCCUUCAGAGAAAUUGCCCCCUACUGCACGAAGAGGGCAACGGGGUUAAGUGGGAUUGUGAGUUUUUGAUGAAUAUGUAUAUAAGAAAUUUUUUCAAUAAGUUAUAUAUAAAUAAAGGGGGGAAAAAAAGAAAAGAAAAAGAAAUGUUCAAUACAUUAUUCUGAAAUUAUUGUUUUCUAUCAUUGAUGAUGUUUGGGGAGAAAGAACUACUAGUAAAUGUUGCUUAUUAACGUGCAAGAGGGAUCACAAAUAUGAAACCUCUUUGUAUUUUUAUUUCAUAGGUGGUAACUCAAAAGUCAAAACACCACUUUCUCCUCUUCUUUCUAGCUUAAUAUUGAAAUUCCCCAACUGUUAUAUUUAGUUUAUGAUAUGAUGACUUGUACAGUUGUACGCCUUUUGGUGUUUUGUAUGAUGAUAUAUAUUAUUUUGUUUAUAUUGUUUCCAUCCAUACUCAGAUCUUACUGUUAUAUAAAAUGCAAUAUUUGAUGCAUGUAUCUGCGUUUGUAGCAUAGGGAUGAUAUGGUACCAGCGAACUGCUCAUUUAGAACCUAAGUUUGUGGGAGUUAAUAUGUUUUUAAAGCAAAGGCAAACUCUGCUGUAUUUUAUUCAGGGGGAAUUAAAGAAAUUUUGUACUGACUUUUUGUUAGAACAAGACGCUAAAUGCAAAUUCCCUUUUCUGCUCAAGAGUUAGUUGUCACUUGUCAAUGUCAUAUGACAGUAACAUGGUUAAUGAUGUUCACUAUGCUUCUUUGUUGGAUAUGUAGCUUUCAGACCAAUUUUUUUUAUACUUAGUCAUGUUAUCAGUCUAAUAACUAAUAGCAGUUCUUUUACAAGGAUUCUUUUUUUAUUUUUACCUCUUAAAGACUCAUCUAUUUCUCUUCUUUAAUAUGUCUUGAACUAAUAUUUGUGGUUAUUAGUUUUUAAUGGUAACCUAGACAUGAUCAUGUAUCUAUUAUCUCAUCUAAUUGGUUACUCUGUCUUGUUAUUUGUCUCUUUUGUUUUUCUUUUCAUUGUGCUUUAUAUGCGUGCUAUGAGAUAUAUAACUGAGCCUUUGUUUUCAAGAAGUGAGCUUUCUAAAUCUAUCCUUGAAAUAGUGGUUAUCAUAAUAAUUUGGUUAGUGUGAAUGCUUUAGGCUUAAAUUAGAGCAGCCAAAAAUUCAUGAUUUAUUUCUGUCCCAACUUCAGUUGGGGGGACAAGAACAGUUGGUGAAGAACGCGGCUUUGUCAAGAACGCAAAUGAGGGCAGUUAUGCAUUAAAUUCUAUUCUUCCUUGGUUCCUUUCUCCCCUGUGAAAGCUUCUUUUGGUUUUUUUUGUUUGGGGGGGAGGGGGGGUUCCAAAUAGACAUGUGGUGGGUUCAAACAUCGUCAAGAUUUGAUAAUGACAGGAACUUCUUUCAACAUGAUGACUUUUUUCUCUACUCGGACAGUCGGACGUCCACUCCAAAGUAUUGUCUAGUUUAUUUUCAAGGAAUCUGAUUUCUAAAUUCUUAUUGCUGUAGUCAAAUGUAGUGUGCAUGUGAGCUUGAGAAUCAUUUAAACGUUUUCACAUUGUGAGUUCAAAAGCUUGAGGGUCCUUCUUCAAGUCCUUUUCAGAUAUCAUCUUUCAUGUGUUAGAAGUAACAAUAGUCUGAUGCGAAACACUCAUAUUUUUGAAUGAUAAAGUCUCAAGGACCACCAAUUUUAAUUUA